AUUCAAGCUCACCAGUCACCGCUUACUUCUUGCCGGUUCGACAAAGCGUCAAUUUGAGUAGAAAACCACAGCGAUCGUCAGUAAUGGGCUGUAUGUCGAGCAAAUCCAUUGGAGCAGAACGCAGUGGAAGCGGCGACUCGAUGAAGCUAGCAAAAUCUCGUGGCCCUACGCAUACGAUGACCAACAUCAAAAAGCAAGCACAUGCCAAAGUUAUGGAAGUGGUGAGGCCGAGCUCGAGAUGCGGUGGAACUCAUUCCGGCUGGGCUCUUUAUGGUGGUGCUGGUGGUGACAGCGGAGGAUAUGGUGGUGGUGGCGAUGGUGGCGGCGGUGGUGGUUGAUGCCGUUAAUGCUGAGCUUUCUUACAUAUUUAUCAAAACUAUCUGUCGUUAUAUCAAGAUUUUUCUUUAAU